AUGUUGUCUCCCGUCAUGGGGAACAGGGUCAACGCCUGCGCCAUCGCAUCGCUAGUGCUGCUAUGGGCGUGUUGGGUGGUCUUUGUGGACCUCAGCGGCAACCGGUCAGGCGGCUCCGGGGGUAGGGAGUGCAGGGGCAAGGAUUGCAGAGACAACACGUCAAGGCUGGUGCAGCAGCAGCGGCACCAAGAUUCGCUGACGAGGUUGGUCGAGGACACGAAGGAUCCAAACGAGGGACGCGCACAAAAGGAUGAGACGAGCGCUCCUGUCAAGCCACUUGCUGACUUGAGAAUGGUGUCAAGUCCGAACCCCAGCACGACCAGUGACCAUAGAGACACGGUCGAGUUCUCGUUAAAGAAUGACCCAGCAAGACUCUCUUGGUUCAUUGAAAAGAUACAAAGAGGAGGUUUCAGCAAGCUGCGACGACUGGACUUGACGGGCUGCCAAAUCAGUGAGUUUCCUGUUGAGAUCUGCAAACUGCGAAGUCUUGAACUGUUGAAUCUUGGCAACAACUCACUCUCAACCCUUCCGAGCCAAUUUGAGAACUUGAUUUCUCUCAAGAUCUUGUUCUUCCUGGGGAAUCAAUUUUCAAGCAUUCCUGCGGUGGUGGGAAAGUUGAACUCUUUAGAAAUCCUCAGCUUCAAAGGCAACAAACUUGUCGAGUUGGGAGAUGAUUUGCCUGUCGCAUUGAAGUCUCUGGUGUUGACGGACAACUCACUAAGAAAUCUGCCGAGCUCGAUCGGAAAGUUGACCGAGCUUCAGAAGAUCAUGCUCUCAAACAACAAGCUCUCAUCACUUCCUUCUGAACUUGCCUUGUGCAAGAAGCUGGAGCUCAUCAGACUGUCGAAGAACGAGCUGAAAUCUAUUCCCAAGGAGAUAUUUGACCUCCCAUCACUCGCAUGGUUUGCUAUCGGGAGCAAUCCUAUGACUCCUCCUGUCCCGUCCAUACGGGUUCCCGAGAACACUGUCGAUCAGUUUGAGAUCUUUGAGCGUCUAGGAAAGGGAGCGUCGGGCAAGGUAUACAGGGCUAUAUCGAAGGAGACCAAAGAGGAGGUUGCUAUCAAGUUCUUCCACAAGUUCAACGCGAUAUCAGAUGGAUCUCCGCUCGAUGAGCUAGCUAUUUCCUCCAUCGUCAACAGCACCCACGUCCAAGUGAACAUGCUGCGCCUCCUGGGAGUCAUUCGCAAACCGAUGCUCGCAGCUGUCACUACAAUCUCUCGAAGAAGCUCGAAGAACCUUGGAUCUCCUCCAUCCUUCUCGACCAUCACGCGGGAUACUUAUCGGGACUUUACCAUGUCAGCCGCAAAUUGCUUGAAGAUACUGCAGCAGGUGGCUUCGGGACUAGCAGCCAUCCACUCUGCGGGAAUCUGCCAUGGGGACUUAUACGCCCACAACAUCAUGGCGGACACCUCGAUUGGUUGGGCUCAGAUCUUGGACUUUGGGGCAAGCUUUCUCUAUGAGAAAGAUGUCAAGGACUCCUUGAUCGACGGGGAGAGAGUUCAGCGGUUUGAUGUUCUUGCACUGGGGAGAUUGAUCUUGGAGCUCGUGAGCCGUGUCGAGGGCGGCAACGAGGGAGAAGGCAAGGAGACGCUGGACAGGCUGAGGAAGGUUGCCGAGGCAUGUCUAGAUGCGAAUGUGAUGAGCCGUCCUACCGCCGCCACCAUUGCACGCCGUCUACACGCCUGA